CCGAUGCCCCUUGCCGGGCUUGUUAACCUACACCCCCUAAGUGCACUUUAGCCUUUCCCUCAGCCAAACCAAAACCAGCGCUUUCUUUCCCCAUCCUCCUUCCUCUCUUUCAUCCCCACCCCCAAAACUCCCCCAAUUGGACUCUUCAGAGUUCCCACUGCCUUCCCUUUCCCCCACUCGUCUCCUUCCCCACCAAAAAGCUUCUAGGGUUUCAUUGACGCACCCUGCCGUUCACUCUCCUUCCGGGUACUCUUGCUUCUCAAUGCCUGCUAAUUGCUCCGGCUGGUUGCGAUUUGGAAACCCUAGACAGUGCCGGUUUGGUCCAUUCGGCGGCCGAUUCUGUGUAGUCUUUGGAUUUACCACUUCGCUCAAGUUCCAUACGCCUCAACUCCCCUAAAUUUGAUUGGCGCACCUCGGUUCGAGCUUCUGGGAUGGCCCCGAGUAGGAAAAGAGGAGCCAGCAGAGCUGCAGCUGCCGCCCGUCGCCAGUGGAAAGUCGGCGAUCUUGUCCUUGCUAAACUUAAAGGUUUCCCUGCCUGGCCUGCCACGGUCACUGAGCCACAGAAAUGGGAUCUUAAGUCUGAUUGGAAGAAAGUACUCGUCUACUUUUUCGGAACUCAGCAAAUAGCUUUCUGCAAUCCUGGUGAUAUUGAACCAUUUACGGAAGAGAAAAAACAAUCUCUUUCAACGAAACGCCAAGGGAAGAGUGCUGACUUUGUUCGUGCUUUGAAUGAGAUAAUUGAUAGUUUUGAAAAGGCAAAGAAACAAGACCGUGUCAAUGAUUUCAGCUCUAGUGAACCAUUUGCAAAUGGUGAGAAUUCUGUGGAAUCAUCCCAGAAUGAUAUUGAAAGCCGGACAGCAACUUCGGAGGCAGCUGUUACUUGCAGAGAUGAUCCUACCCAUCCAGAUAAUGAUGCUGCAGAUGUGCCACUAUUGGGUUCCUUUGAUGAUAAAGAAGUGUUGCUGAAGCAGUCUGUCAGUAAGGUAGAAAAGCCUAUUAUAGCUACUUAUACUUCAAGAAAACGAUCUGGAGGUUCUCGAUCUAGGAAAUGUGUUAGUCAAAAGAAAGUAGUAUCACCAGAAACGCCAAAAAUCUUGCCUCAGCUGACUUCUGGAAGACUGCAAAACUCUGUACUGUUGUCACAGAGUUCCAGAGAAAAUGUGGGGGAUUUACUAGUUGAUUCAGUUAGAGAAGGGUCAGUUAGGAGAACCAAGCGCAGCAGGAAAUCACCGGAGGUAGUGGAAGAUGAUAUUAAGGAUUUCCGUGCUUUUGUCUCGAAUGGCAGUGUCGAGGAUGAUGUGUCUGAAAUUGUUACAGUUGAUUCUGGCUCUGUCAGCUUAAAUGAUGUCAGCACUGUAGAUAGUUGUUACAAAGUAGAGCACUGCGAGGCAGAUGUUGAGCGUUUAGGGGAAGGAGCUGAGUUGGCUAAAGGUCUUGAUUUUCAGAUAAAGGAUGUUGUAAUUAGAAAGAAGAGGAAACCAAAUAGAAAGAGGGCAACCAAUGAGGCAACCGAGCCAACUACUCAACCAGAUACUGGGGUGAAUUUAGAUGUUAGUGCAAAUAAUACUGGCCCAAACUUGCAACUUAACUCUCGAAAUCAGAAGGAAACUGGUGGUAAAGAAGAUGGAGAUGAACAUCUGCCUCUAGUUAAAAGAGCCAGAGUUAGGAUGGGCGAAUUGCCAACUUCCAGAGAGGAACAUGGUACAUAUCAGUCUGAAGGGAAGACCUUGAGUGAUGGUGGCCUCAUUCGGGGGGCACAGAAUAGUGUGCCUCAGGCUGAAGGAAGAUCCUCUUUUGAAAUUGCAGUUAAUAUGGGGAACCAGGUUUCCUCGUCUGUGAACUCUGAUGUCGAUUUCCUGGCCACUAAAGCAGUAAAUGAGACCUUGAAUAAUAGUUCACCAUCCGAGAAUAGUCAAAUCCUUGAAGGAAAGGUUCUGCUUUCAAGGGUGAAAGAUAGCCAACCCUUUGGUCAUCUGGCUGUUGGUGAAUCUGCAUUGCCUCCAAGCAAACGGCUUCAUCGGGCCCUUGAGGCCAUGUCUGCAAAUGCCGCUGAAGAAACGUCAACCCCGAAAACUUGUUUCACUAACAGUGCACCUAAAGAUCUUGAAAAUACAGAGAGAAAACACAGUGAAGAUUCUCUCGGCACUAAAGUUCCUGGGUUAUGUUUGAGUUCUAAUGAGGCUUUGGAGGAAGGUACUAGACCUUCAAUGAAGGCAGAUAGUCCCAAUGACAAAAUGGAGGUUUCGAGCAGCAAUGAAGCUUCCAUGAAUGAGGUGGCUGAAAAUAUUAACCAUGGCAAUGAAACAUAUCAUGACAAACUGGGUCUUCGACCUAGUGCCAGUGAUACCACUUCUGUUCAAGGACAAACCUCAGUAAAUUUGAUGCUUGAUGCUGACAGGCAACUUGCUGUUGUUGAAUCAGAUCAAGCACCAUUGGAGGUCCAAUUGCUGCCUCUGGAACAAGGGGGACCUGAAAGCCUUGAAGCAAAUGAUAUGAAAGUGGAAACUCCUGGUAAAGAUCUUGGGGCACUUGAGAAGGAUUCAGAGAGUACUAUUCUCCAUGCUGUUGAAAUUGCUGGAGGAAAUAACCCAAAAGUGCUUCAGGUUAAUGUUGAUACAAGUAUCUGUGAUGAUUUUGAGUCACAGAAGUCUAGAACUGAUGAUGAUCAACUGCCAUUUGGAGGCUACAAACUAGAAAAAGAUGAUCAAAUACUGAUGGAAGCUAGUGGCAUUACUUCCUCUGAUGACCAUUGCUCUGACAAGGAUGCCUUGGGAUCUCAGCUAGCUACAUUGCCAGCUGAUGAAGAAUCUCCAGCAGGGAUGUCCCCAACCACUACUUCGAUGUGUCAUGUGUCUACUUCAGAAAGUGCUAAUUUCAAUCAGAACAGUGGUGGUUCUAGUCCUAAUACCAAUUCAAACCAGAGGAGAGUCUCUGGAACUACACUUACAGAUGAGGAGAAGAUUGAUUCUGGAGCACUUCAAAGACCAAAAUCUGUUGGAAGAUGUAGCAACUAUACAGAAGCACAAUCUGCAUUGUCAUCCUUUGAAGGCAUGCUUGGACUGUUAACAAGGACAAAGGAGAGCAUUGGUCGAGCAACUCGCAUCGCGAUGGACUGUGCUAAGUUUGGUGCCUCGGAAAAGGCAAUGGAAAUUCUAGCUUGUACAUUGGAAUGUGAAUCAAGUCUACACAGAAGGGUGGACCUGUUUUUCCUUGUCGAUUCUGUUGCUCAAUGCUCUCGAGGCUUGAAAGGUGAUGUUAGUGGUGCGUACACUUCUGCUAUUAAAGCAGUGUUGCCACGGCUGCUAUCUUCUGCUGCUCCUCCCGGAAAUUUGGCUCUAGAAAAUCGGAGACAGUGUUUAAAGGUUCUGCGGCUUUGGUUGCAAAGGAGAAUUCUUCCUGAAUCCUUUAUCCGGCAUCACAUUCGGGAGCUAGAUUCACUUGGUGCAUCAACUUCUGCUGCUCCAUACUGUCGUCGGUCGGCAAGAACAGAAAGGGCUCUGGAUGAUCCUAUUAGAGACAUGGAGGGUAUGCUAGUGGACGAAUAUGGAAGCAAUUCAAGUUUUCAGCUUCCUGGAUUUUGUAUGCCUCGCAUGCUGAAGGACGAAGAUGAAGGAAGUGAUUCUGAUGGAGGCAGUUUUGAGGCAGUCACUCCCGAACAUAAUUUUGAAACCACCCUUGAAGAACGAGAGUUUUCUGGACCUAUUGCUCCUGAAAAGCAUACUCAUAUUCUGGAGGAUGUGGAUGGGGAACUGGAAAUGGAGGAUGUGGCCCCAAUAUGUGAAGUGGAAAUGAGUUCCUCAACCAACAAUGCUUCACACGGCCAGUUUGAACAACAUUUUCCUUCUCAAUAUGCUCCUCCACCAUUGCCGCAGGAGAUGCCGCCAUCAUGUCCUCCAUUACCAUCAUCACCUCCACCUCCACCUCCUCUGCCGCCAGCUGUUGGCCAUCAAUCCUGUGGAACGCGUGAUGCCCAUGUCAGUAAUAGUCUUGAUGCAAGGCCUUACAGGAAUUCACAUUGCCAUCCUUCUGACUGUAGUAGAGAUCAGGCAGACCUGCAGUUUUAUGACAAUUGCAAUACUUCGGGGCGUGGGAUGAGCAAUGGUCACUAUAUAGAUGGACCUAGCUAUCGCCAUAAGUCUCAUCCUCCAAGACCAUCUCAUCUUCCGCCGGCGAACCAUUAUUCUUACGUUCAUGGAGGCGGCCAACACAUAAAAUCCAGGAGAGAGACGCCCCCGCCACCCCCACCACCGUCAUACUCCUCACAUAGAUACCACUCGUCACAUGAUAGUGAAAGUGGCAACUUUUAUAACAAUCAUGACAGAAUGAGACCUGGCCCAUACGAGUUUGGUGAGAACUGGAGAUAUGGUGCACCCCCCUAUCCUGGACAUCGAUAUCCUGAAAAGUCCAGGUCGUCAUAUGAGCCUGCCCCUUAUGCAAGGCCCUCUCGUGAGCCAAGGUUACCGCAUCAUCAAGGAUGGCAAUAUCCUCCUAGGGGUCAUCACAGGGAAUUCAUGCAUUCUGAUGGUCCGGUUUCGGUGACGAACAGAGGUCCCAACAUGUGGCGGCACAGAUAGACAACAUAUAGGCAUUGCCUGUGUUGCUAUACAAUCAUGGUUGUGCAUUUUGUCUGAGAGGUAACAGUGCAAUGCUGGAUUACAUUUAGUUUGGGCGGUGUAGUCUGAUUUCGGCGCUUCACUGCAAAAGAGGGAUGUUGGUUUCAUGUUGUAUAGCAUAUUCGAGAUAAAAUGAUAUAAGGGCGAGACGCUUGAAAGUGGCUGGUGACGACGGUCAACUGUGGAUUCCUUCUGUAUAUAUGUAACCUUCAGGAAUGCUUCUGCAAAAUGCCAGAAAAUAUGGCGGUGAAGGCAUAACUCUUUGGCUUCAAGAGUAUAAGAGGUGUAAACUACCUGUAUGCAGGCGCUCUCUGUGUAUCAUCUUUGCUAAAUGUUCUCCUUAUAGUCGUUUUCUUCCCUCAGGAAGUAACGUAGGAAUUUUUGGUUGUCCAUUGAAUGGUGAAGAGUCGAGUGUCUUUAUAAGAAUUGAAAACAAUGGGGAGAGCUUUUAUCAGUUUAGCUACCGAUGGUGUGGUCCAAGAAUUUUUACUUUCGUUAUGUAGAACAGGUCAGUUGGCGGUAAGAUGCUGGAAAUUGUUAUCUGUCACGCGUAUGAAAUGUUGAGAUCGUUGCUGCUGCGUUGAUGCAGUUGUUCCUACCUGAUUUGCUGAACAUUUCUGCUGCUGAACUAAACAUUCAGAUAAGUCUUGUCAAAAUAGAAUGAUGGUGAUUAAGGGAAAAGUUGCCUCAGAAAUGGGUG